AUGGCUCCGGAACCAACUAUGGCUGCCAAGUGCACUGCCGAGUUUGUGGGGACUUUUCUCCUGAUCUUCACAGUGGGAUGCAACGUGUUGGGUGGAAGUGCCACUUGGGCGGGCAUUUCCAUCGCAUUCGUGCUGAUGGUGUGCAUCUAUGCUUUGGGAGGCAUCUCCGGUGCCAACUUCAACCCUGCUGUUUCCAUGACUCUUGGUAUGUCAAGGGCCAUGGGCGGACCUGGUCUGGACUGGCAGACGGUGGGCAUCUACUGCGGAGUGCAGUCUGCCGCUGGCGUGGCGGCAGCCGUGUGCUACUCGCUGCUCUUCGGACAAAGCUUCAACCUGGCCCCAUCCAAGGGCUUCUCCUGGUACCACGCCGGUCUUUGCGAGCUGCUGUACACUUUCAUGCUGACCUUUGUCGUCAUGAAUGUGGCUGCUGCCAAGAAGAACGCUACGGAGAAAAAUCAGUACUACGGCAUGGCCAUCGCGUUCACCGUGGUUGCGGGUGCCUACGGUGCCGGCGCCGUGUCGGGCGGCUGCUUCAACCCUGCUGUGGCCUUGGGCAUCGACAUCUCCAGCGCAGGGAUUGGCUUCGGCUGGAGCAUUCUCUACAUCAUCUUUGAGCUGAUGGGAGCUGCCAUGGCUGCUGCACUCUUCAAGGUGGUGCGGCCAGAGGACUUUGGAGGUGAGAAGUCUCAGGUGACUGAGUUGGUGAGCGAGUUCCUGGGAACCUACAUGCUGGUGCUGACUGUCGGCUUGAACGUUUUGGGCAAGUCAAAGGCAGCUGCGUUCUCCAUUGCUGCUGGCCUCACGUCCAUGAUCUAUGCGCUGGGAGACGUCUCCGGCGCUCAUUUCAACCCUGCAGUGACUGUGGCUAUCCUGGCCUCUGGUCGCUGCCCGGAGCUCACUCCAGCCAAGGCCGGUACCUAUGCCGGUGCACAGAUUGCAGGAGGCAUUGCUGCGGCCCUCACCUAUGCCUUCAUCUACCAGGGAGCUACCUUCGAUUUGGGACCAGUCGGGUUCAGCACAUGGGCCGGUGUCUCUGUGGCGGAAAUCGUGUACACCUUCGUCCUGUGCUUUGUGGUGCUUUGCGUGGCGGUGUCUGAGCGCACCAAGGCAUCGCACCUCUUUGGCCUUGCCAUUGGCUCCUGCGUGACUGUCGGCGGCUUCGCCAUCGGCGGCAUCUCGGGCGGAUCCCUGAACCCGGCCGUGUCGUGCGGCAUCGCCACUGCUGCCCUGUUCAAUGGCGGCCGAUUCUACCAGGCUUUGAUCUACUCUGCUUUGGAAGUCAUCGGCGCAGCUGCGGCUGCGGGUGUUUUCAAGGUGACCCACGAGGCCGAUGUUGCUGAAGAGAAGACUGAGAAGACUGAGAAGGCUGAGGCAUGA